AUGGCGUACAACCAACCACCGGGUGGCUACGGGCAACCGCCCUAUCAAGGCCAACCCUACGGCCAGCAGCCACAGUAUCAGCAAGGUCCCCCACAAGGCUACGGGCAACCACCAAUGCAGAAUCAACAAUAUCCACCCCAGGGUCAGUACGGCGCUCCCCCACCACAGCAGCAAUGGGGUCAGCCACCUCCUGGCCAGUACGGCGCGCCGCCACCUAAUCAGUAUGGCGCGCCACCUCAAGGCCAGUACGGCGCUCCCCCACCUCAGCAGCAUCAGCAGCAGCAGUGGGGUCAGCCGCCUGCUCCGCAAGGACAGUAUGGAGCUCCACCUCCAGGCCAAUACGGGGCACCACCUCCAGGCCAGUAUGGCGCACCACCUCCAGGCCAGUAUGGCGCACCGCCUCCACCAGGGCAGUACGGAGCACCACCCCCGCAAGGACAGUACGGAGCGCCCCCACAGCAGCAACAAUAUGGUGCGCCCCCGCCAGGGCAAUAUCAGCCCCCUCCUCAGCAGCAACAAUACGGACCUCCGAACCAGCCAUCUCUUGGAUACGGGCCUCAGCAGACCGCCAACAUCGAUGUAUCUCGGGAUGUUGAAGUUAUCCGCAAGGCAAUGAAGGGUUUCGGGACGGAUGAAAAGGCAUUGAUUUUGACGCUCUCGAAGAAGGACCCCAUCCAGAUCAACACCAUCCGCACACAGUACGACCAGAGACUUAAGAGGAACAUGGUCAACGAUCUUGAGAAAGAGACUAGCAGCUACUUCAAAGAAGGUCUGGUAGAAAUUGCCCGCGGCCCGCUAAUGUCCGACUGUCACAACCUCUUCAACGCGAUGAAGGGCAUGGGUACCAAAGAAGCCAUCCUAGACGACAUCCUCAUCAACCGCAGCAACGCAGACAUCAACGCCAUCAAGCAACAAUACCAGGUUCUUUUCAAAAAGAGCCUCGAGACAGAUCUCCGCGGCGACCUGAGCGCUGGAACCGAGCAAAUGUACGUGAUGAUCACCGCCGCAAGACGCGCCGAGGACUCGCACCCAGUGAUCCCCCAAGAAAUCGAGCAAGCCGUCACAGACCUGCAAGCCGGCAUCGGCAAUAUGGUCAGCAAGAAUGCAGCCCAAGUAUGUCAAAUCCUGACUUCGAAAAACGACGCCCAGCUGCGCGCCAUCGCACAGUCGUACCAGCAGCGCUUCCACAAAGACCUCACCGCCGUACUGAAAUCCGCUUUCUCGGGCCACAUGCAAGACGCGCUCCUUCUGUUCCUAGCGCGCGCGCACAACCGUCCGCUGGCCGAAGCCGUCCGCUUGGAAGAGAGCAUGGCCGGCCUAGGCACAAAGGACAUCCUGCUCGUUCAGCGCGUCGUCAGGUGCCAUUGGGAUCGCAACUUCAUGAACGCGGUUAGCAACGAGUACAGGAAGAAGUUUGGCAAGGAUCUGGUCAAGCGAAUCGAAGGCGAGACCAGGGGCGAUUACGAGAGGUUGAUGGUUGCUUGUGUCAAGCCGUAA